GACGACCGUCGUGCGACGAAGUCAUACUCCACCAUGGCGUUGAAUUCCACCGUCGUGACGCUCGUCUGCAUUCCGCUCCUGGCUAUGCUGGCCGCUCGCACGUAUGGACUGGUGGUCAAUUACCUGCAGGCAAGAAAGCUGGGGAUCCCCAUGGUCAUCCUUCCCUUCUCAUGGCAUGACGAUCUGUGGAUCAUUAUCUACCCCUGGUUCAGGCGUCUCCGAGACUUGCCUGGGAUAGGACAUAUUUUCGUCUUCAGCUAUCACUCCUGGGCCCAGGAUGAGCGAUACCGUCCCCACCAGACGUACGGCGACGUGUUUGUGAUCGUCGCCCCCACAAAGAACGAGAUCGUGGUCAAUGACCCCGUCGUGGCUGUUGAGCUGCAAACCCAGUACAAGUCGUGGAUCAAGCCUCAACCGCUCUAUGAGAUCUUCGAAAGUUUCGGGCCAAAUGUCAUCAGCAUCAACGGCGAAGACUGGCAGCGUCACCGCAGAAUCGUCAACCCAGCCUUCCGGGAACAGAACAACAAGCUCGUGUGGGAGGAGUCGCUGAGACAGGCGAGACAGAUGAUUGAGGCCGUGACCAACCGAGUAGAUGCUAGCCGCACGAUGCUCGACGUCCGGAACGACUGUGUGCUGAUCGCUAUGCACGUCCUCUCCGCCGCCGGGUUCGGACACAUGCACGAUUUUGACGGUGGCUUGGGUGAGAUCCCGCAAGGACACAAAACCAGUCUUGCCGAGUCGUUGAAGUUCCUCCUCCAGAACAUCCUCUUCUCCGUGCUGUUUAAAAACAUGCCCACGCUGCGCUUCAUGAUGCCUGCCUUGUAUCGACAGCUCACCGCCAUGACGAACGAGUUCACGCAGUACAUGAAGGAAGUCAUCGCCUACAAUCGAGCCAUCACACAGGGCGGUGGCAACAGUAACGGCGCCGACAUCGUCAGCGCCCUGGUUGAGGCCGACGAGGCGGCAAAAAGAGAACAGAAGACGUUGGCGCACGGCGCUGGGGGGAAACCGAUGUACCUCAGUGACUCCGAAUUAUUGGGUAACUUGUACAUCUUCAACUUAGCUGGCUUCGAAACAACCGCAAACGCACUGACAUACACGAUACCGUUCUUGGCCACCAAUCGUGAGAUCCAGGACUGGGUCGGCGACGAAGUGGACACCGUGCUGAAAGGGAGAGACGCUGAAAAGCUCGACUAUGAAGGAGUAUUUCCACAACUUGUGAGGUGCCUGGCGCUGAUGUAUGAAACCCUUCGCCUCUGGGGACCGGUACCUAGUACGGAGCGGUGGUGCGUCGGUCAACCACACGCCAUCCGAGUCAACGGCCAAGAGAUCAUGGUGCCCGUCGAGACAUAUGUGUCGCUGAAUCUCUACGCCGUCCACAGCGACCCCCGCUGGUGGGGCGACGACUCACUCAAAUGGAACCCACGACGCUGGAUAGUAGCCGACCCGGCGACGGGAAAGGAGUCCAUCGCCCAUCCUCCGCCGGGCGCGGCGUUUGUGCCGUGGAGUGUUGGACCUAGGGUCUGCCCAGGGAAGAAGUUCAGCCAGGUCGAGUUCGUGGCCGUGAUAUCGACGCUGUUGAGAGAAUAUCGCCUGAAGCCGCUGAUCAUGGAAGGGAAAAUGACGACGGAAGAGCAGGCCAGCUCGGCGUUGUUGGAGGUGCUAGAGGACUCGAUGAACGUCAUCACGCCGAAGAUGCGUCGACCUGAAGAUGCGGGCGUGGUGUUUGUUCGACGAUGA